GGCCGGCGGCGGGCCUCAGCCGCGGCCUCCACUUCUCCGCACGCCGGCGGGAUGGCGCCCGGGUCCCGGAGGAGCCGCGCUAGCCUAGGCCUGCUGCCGAGCUGCUAAGGCGAGCCCGCCAAACUCCCCUCCCCCUCCUCCGUCCUCGACCCCCCGCACCUCACCCCUUCCCCACCCCCUCCUCUGUCUCGGUCCCCGGCGCUGCUCCGGACCACUAUGACCAUGAGAUCCGCAGUGUUCAAGGCGGCCGCGGCCCCUGCCGGCGGCAACCCUGAGCAGCGACUGGACUACGAGCGGGCUGCGGCGCUGGGCGGGCCCGAGGACGAACCCGGGGCGGCCGAAGCCCACUUCCUCCCCCGGCACCGUAAGCUCAAGGAGCCGGGGCCCCCGCUGGCCUCUUCCCAGGGCGGGAGUCCCGCGCCCUCCCCAGCCGGCUGCGGCGGCAAGGGCCGGGGCUUGUUACUCCCGGCCGGGGCGGCCCCUGGGCAGCAGGAAGAGAGCUGGGGCGGCUCGGUGCCCUUGCCCUGUCCGCCCCCGGCCACCAAACAAGCGGGCAUUGGGGGGGAGCCAGCGGCAGCCGGGGCUGGCUGCAGCCCCCGACCCAAGUAUCAGGCGGUGCUGCCCAUUCAGACGGGCUCUCUCGUGGCGGCGGCCAAAGAGCCUACGCCCUGGGCUGGGGACAAGGGUGGGGCGGCUCCCCCAGCUGCCACAGCCUCGGACUCUGCGGGACCCCCACCACUACCUCUGCCCGGGCCGCCACCCCUCGCGCCCACCGCCACCGCCGGGACCCUGGCGGCCAGCGAGGGCAGAUGGAAGAGUAUGAGGAAGAGCCCUCUCGGGGGUGGCGGCGGCUCGGGAGCCUCCAGUCAGGCCGCCUGCCUCAAACAGAUCCUUCUGCUGCAAUUGGACCUCAUCGAGCAGCAGCAGCAGCAGCUGCAGGCCAAGGAAAAGGAGAUCGAGGAGCUGAAGUCAGAGAGAGACACGCUCCUUGCUCGGAUUGAACGUAUGGAAAGGCGGAUGCAGUUGGUAAAGAAGGAUAACGAGAAAGAAAGGCAUAAGCUGUUUCAGGGCUAUGAAACUGAAGAGAGAGAGGAAACGGAGCUAUCUGAGAAAAUUAAACUGGACUGCCAGCCGGAGCUUUCUGAGACAUCCCAGACGCUGCCUCCCAAGCCUUUCUCAUGUGGGCGGAGUGGAAAGGGACACAAAAGGAAAUCCCCAUUUGGAAGUACAGAAAGAAAGAUUCCUGUUAAAAAGCUGGCUCCUGAAUUUUCAAAAGUCAAAACAAAAACUCCUAAGCACUCUCCCAUUAAAGAGGAACCCUGUGGUUCCUUAUCUGAAACUGUUUGUAAACGUGAAUUGAGGAGCCAAGAAACUCCAGAAAAGCCCCGGUCUUCAGUGGACACCCCGCCAAGACUCUCCACUCCCCAGAAGGGACCCAGCACCCAUCCCAAGGAGAAAGCCUUCUUAAGUGAGAUAGAAGAUUAUUUGCCGUACCUUUCCACCACAGAAAUGUAUUUGUGUCGUUGGCACCAGCCUCCCCCAUCACCGUUACCAUUACGGGAAUCCUCUCCAAAGAAGGAGGAGACUGUAGCAAGGUGUCUGAUGCCAUCAAGUGUUGCAGGAGAAACUUCAGUCUUGGCUGUUCCUUCUUGGAGGGACCAUUCAGUAGAGCCUCUAAGGGACCCAAAUCCUUCAGACCUUUUGGAGAACCUGGAUGACAGUGUGUUUUCGAAGCGACAUGCAAAACUGGAGCUGGAUGAGAAGAGAAGGAAAAGAUGGGAUAUUCAGAGGAUCAGGGAACAAAGAAUUUUACAGCGUCUACAACUCAGAAUGUAUAAAAAGAAAGGAAUUCAGGAAUCUGAGCCUGAGGUUACCUCAUUUUUCCCUGAGCCAGAUGAUGUUGAAAGUUUGAUGAUUACUCCCUUCUUGCCUGUUGUAGCAUUUGGACGACCGUUACCAAAAUUAACUCCACAGAAUUUUGAGCUGCCCUGGUUGGAUGAGCGUAGCCGAUGCAGGUUGGAGAUCCAGAAGAAGCAAACACCUCACCGGACGUGUAGGAAAUAGCUGUGCUGGCAAGAACCUUCUGUCUUCAGAUAGUUGUAGCAUGCCAUUCCCAGAGUGGCAGAGACCUGUAUAUGUGACCUAUGUCCUCAUGUAUGUUGUCAUUUGCUGAUAAUGCCCUUCCAUACUCCCUUGAUCUUGGUUUUGUUUUCGUCGCGCUGAUUUCACAAAAACUCUUUCAUUGGGCUAAUUCUGAAUUAUAGAGGGUGAUUGGGAUAUCUUUUCCCCUUUUGGGGAAGUGAGCUCUCAAGCUAAAUCUCUAGGAUGGCAGAUUUGGAAGCUUCAGGGGUCUGCUUCUAUACAUUUGCCUGUUAAAGGGGUAAAAGGGUUCUUUCAUUAGACUUGUGGAAGAUAAAGCAACCCCUGCCUUUAGACCUGUGCCUGCAUGGCACUCUUCUCGCCCUGGCAUAUCUUUCCAUAUAGUUUGAGUGUAGUGGUUUUUACCCUAAAACAAAACAAAAAAA